AUGGUAGACGAUGACAGCAGUGCCGGCUUUGUCAUGUGUGAUGAUUGGGAGCCGGCCCUGUUGAAGAAGCUGUGUUCAGCCAUAGGAGACGGGGUCAUGGGGGUCAACUAUUGUGACCUAUUCACCGCUGUGGAUCACCUGGCUGGAGAGAAGGACAUGGAAGGAGAGACACCCCUGGAGGAGGAGGUUCAGAGGGAAGAGGAGAUUGGUGCUCUGCACGCUAGGCUGUGGACCUUCCUGCUCCAGUCAUUCUACUCCGUCCGCCAUACGCGGGGAUGGGAGACCCUGCCCUCCAAGCACAGAGAGAGGAUACUGGCAGCUGCUCUUGAUAAAGGAGGCAGUAGAAGACUUGGGGAAAAGCCUGUAUUCACCAGCUCACAGCAGCCGAGGGUUGUAAGAUGCCCCUCAGGUCCUGCAGCUGCUUGUGAGAGCCCUCCUGUCCACAGGACCAUUUGGGUAAUCAGGAACACAGGAACAGGAAGUUGCACUGUGGCUGCAUCAUCAGCCACCAUGAAGUCAGAUGGGCUGGGGACGCCAGGCCUCACAUCCACCGCAGGGACAGGGACUAAUGCUACCAAGCCUGGAGACACUGACCCAUUAAGGGCAAAGAACGUCAAGACCAAGCAGCCAGGUGACCACCGGAGCACCACGGCUAAAGCCAAGACUACAACUUCUGCAUCAGCCAAACCAGUGCUCAACGGUACGGCUGGCCCAGGGAGGGCUAGGAGGGAGGUAACCACCGCUAACGGACCCAGGGGGUCCCCAACAGGGGGGAAGGGGUCUAAGGACCAGGACAGGAAGGCUAACCCUAACCCUGGAGCCAGGCCCAAGACCUCUCCCCCAGGCACCACCUCCACAGCUCAGGCCAGGCCAGGGAAGCUGCAGAAGAGUACAGCAGGGAAGGGUGACUCUCUUCAGGGGGCAGACAGCAGCAUGGCCCACCCCGCCACUACCACCCCCUCCACAUCAGGCAGUGCCUCCCCUGACAACAGUUCCGGAAGCCCACGCAACUGCCCCACCAUGCCAGAUGUUAAGACAAAAACCCAGGCUAAAGUUCUGACCAAAUCUCCACUGACCAAACCCCCCCAGAAAAUAGACACAGCAAAGACCAACAGCCCUACCAAUAAGCCCAGCACCAGAGAGGCCAAUAAAGCCAAGCUCCCCGCUACAGGAAGAACAACAACUGUAGGAACAGGAGCCAGAGCAGACACGAAGGGGAUGAGCCCACCAACAGGCUCAGCUGAGAACCAUGUCUCUAGAUCUGGGUCCUCCCUGAGUGCCAGAAAGCCUGCGUCUCCCAGGAAACAGGAGGAUAAGGAUAGCUCCACAGUCUCAGCAGACAAAACAGCCAGGAAGACCACAAAAAACACCCCAGCUACCCCAGCCACAGCCAAAUAUACUUCUAAACCAGCAAAGGCCAUCUCCAGCUCCUCUCCUUCCAAACAGCCUCCACUAGCAACGGCCAAACCUGGACCAAAGCAGAAGGGUACCUCUGAAUCUCCUACAGAGAAAGCCUCACCCAAGUCAGUUGGGCCAGUUAAAAACUCUUCCACCUCUGUCGUUUCAUCCAAAAAGCCUGCAGCUAAAGAGAAAGAGGGAUCUAAUGGUAAAACCUCUGCAGACACCCAGCAGGCUAAUGACACUGGUGCUGGAGCAGAGAGGGUCCCCUCCCAUUCAGAUCCCAGAGAGAAGGCCUCAGAGCCAGCAGCAACAUCCACAGAGCAGAGUCCAGCUCAUAACAGCCCACUACCACCAGGCCCCAAGGGCCACAGUGGAGGAGAGGACUCCCUCUCCUUACCCCUGAACGCCAGCCCUACGCAAAGUCCUCAGAAGUCUGCCAAACAACCAGGUAAACCUAACUGCACAGGAGGAGUCAGGGCUCUGUCCAGUCAGCCACCAGCAACCAACCACAUCUCUCAAGGGAAUGACCUCGUAAACAGAGAGCCUGCUAAGCACACAGAGGGGACAUACACAGGUAAACACACUCCUGGCUCAGCCACAGACCUUCCGCUGGACACCCCAACCCCAGGCAGCCCUCUGGAGGACUCGUGGAGCAGCCUGCACCACCAGGUCAGCCCCGAGUCAGAAUCCGGUAGCGCCACCACCUCAUCAGACGACAUCAAGCCUCGCUCUGAGGACUACGAUGCCGGGGGCUCCCAGGAUGAUGUGGACGACUGCUGCUCCAAUGAUCGCGGCGAAUCCAAGGGGGGCGGCACCAUGCGUUGCCAUGACUUCCUGGGCCGCAGUAGUAGUGACACAAGUACGCCUGAGGAGCUGAAGAUGCUGGAUGGCGGGCUGCGGGUCGAGGUGAGGCUGAAGGGGCGCGAGGGAGAGACCACCAGCGAGGAGGAAGGGGUGAGGCGACGGCCGCGCUCCUGGCUGAGCAGGGACAGAGACGAGGUCCCUGUUGAGGAGGAGGUGGAGGCCAAUAUUACGGUGAAGCAGGUCCCCGAUAGCCAGCUCUUCUCCUCUGAGGAGUCCGAGGAGUCUGAAGAGGAGGAGGAAGAGGAUGAGAGGUCAGAGGUGGAGGUUAUUCCUGUUCACCAGGCCCCUCCGCCUCCUGCUGACCCCUCCUCUCAGUUCCAGGGCAUUGUGAACCUGGCCUUCGAGGACGGAGCUGACCCUGACCAAGACAACGAACAACAGCAGCAAAUGGACUACCAAUCAGCCUCUAACUUCCGCCGAUCUGUUCUGAUCUCUGUUGACGAGUGUGAGGAGCUGGGAUCAGAGGAGUGCGCGGUGCAGACUCCGCCCCAGCAACAGCCUGAUGACCCACUCACGCCCUGCGACGUCUUCGGGAGCGACCGUCCUCCGGCCCCUCAGUCAGCCCCAAACUCCAUCUCUCACUCUGGGGGUCACCUGGCAUCGGACCUUCCCAAAAGCACACCUCAGCAGCAGCAGGAACAAGGCAACAAGCACGAGUCCAACAACAACAAACCCAACAAACCCAUCGUUUUCCUCACUGAGAUCCAGGAUCCUCUUGUAGAUGACCAUAACCCCACCAAGGUGGAGGGAGUAGAGCCCUCCCCUGGUUGCCCUCCUCUGGACCAUGACCCCACUGACCUGCCUCCCCAGGAGCGGGAGAGACCCUGCCACCUAGACCUCCGGCCUGCUGAACAGUACAGCAAUGGAGGAUCACCACGCAAGAACCCCUCAACCAAGCCUAGCCAAGCAUCUAUACCUGUGCCUGUAGACAGCAAGAGAUCAGACUUACAUACAGACUUAAAUUACCCUCAGCAGAAAGGGGGCUCUCCUGCACAUGCAGCUAUCCCACAAUCCCCAGCAGGGGACAUUGAGGGACAAUGUCACAGAUUGGAUCAAACAACAACCCCAACCUGUACACAUGACCGACGCUCCUCCAAAGCCCUCUCUCCCAUCUACGGACUGAACGUGAGACAAGCCUUUGAGUACCCCAGCUCCUCUGACAACAGGAGCAGGAGGAGCACAGUGGGGCGGGAGGAGGAGGAGGAGAACGAUGAAGAUUACAAUGAAGAGAGCAGUACGUUUGCGGAGCGUGACUGGAGCAUGCUGAAGCAACUCCUCUCGGACCAGGAGUCCAGUCUGGGCAUCAUAAACCCAGUCCCUGAGGACCUAAACCUAGCCCAGUAUCUCAUCAAGCAGACCCUGUCCCUCUCCCGGGACUGCCUGGACACACAGCAGACCUUCCUGCCCCACGAGAAGGAGACAUUUAAACGCUGGGCAGAGCUCAUAUCACCCCUGGAGGACUCCACAACCAGCAUCACUGUGACCAGCUUCUCGCCUGAGGAUGCUGCCUCUCCGCAGGGGGAGUGGACCAUCGUGGAGCUAGAAACGUAUCACUGACACAGAAUUAAGACUAAUCAUCUUGGAGUUAUAAACACAUCACUUGAUUGACAGGUUUAAGGACUAAGGAGACACUAUGUUAACUUCUCUCUGGAUUGAUCAACCUUCUCUCUGGAUUGAUCAACUAUACUACACUUCUUCUGAGACAGACACUACAACAGUACUAUCUAUCAGGGACCUGGUACACUUUCUCUCUGGACUUCUACAACAUGUCUUUGGUUCACUGACAACUACAGUACCACAAUUAUUCUGUCUUAUACCUUGAUUUCAUGAUGUUUGAGUCCUCCUGUAUUUAUUGGUUGACUGUCUCAUGCUUUUUAUGCUGCUUUUUAUGGACUCUCAAGCUGAGCUUGUUUGUUUGCAUUCAGUCCCCUUCACAGUGCUUGACUUGGACUGAAAUAGGUUCCAGUACUCACUUUGGGUGCCGGUACUGUUUAUAUUUAGGUGCAGGAGCUCCACAAGACUUUUGAGCAAAUUUUCGAUAUGAGGAACAGGAGCUCAAGCAGUAUAACAUUUUAGGUGCCGGAACUCAGCUCCAGUGAGCUCCUGCCCAAGUCAAGCACUGCCCCUUCAUCACCUUCAGUUAUAUCCUUAAUACUUAAUGGACUGAGAGUUUAGACACAAAUAAGCUGUUGUGCAUGCAGACAUUUUUGUAUGUUUAACUGUUUACUUGGUGUUUGCAACCUUUAGAAAGAAGAACAUUAAAAAAAAAAAGCAAAUGUAUUUCUCAUGGCUCUCUACUCAUGAUGAUGGUUAGACAGUGGAGUUUCACAGAAACUAGAGAACAUGUUGGUCUGUUGGCUUUACAUUCAUUGUUGUGUAUAUGAAAAUAAAAAUGUUUGGU